AUGGAAUCGCAGGAAUCACAGGAACCACAGGUUCAUGGUCUCGAGUGGGAGGAAUUGCUCUUCGGUUCCGAGCCCCGAUGGACUCUUGAACCUGAAAUUGCGGCUAUCAAGCAGACAGUACAGUCGCUUCGGCCAUCAAACACAGUCACAGUGACUUUCCUCACGCAGGGUGGAUUCAACAAGAUCUACAACGUCAGCAUAGAUGGUGAGAUGUUCAUCAUGCGAGUUGCAUUGCCCGUCGACCCACGUUAUAAAACAAUGAGUGAAGUAGCAACAAUGGAUUGGGUACGCCGUAUCACGAACCUCCCAAUUCCUAGAAUCAUCGCCUACCAACCUUCCCGAUAUAAUUUAAUUGGAUUUGAAUGGAUGCUCAUGACCAAAAUGCCCGGAAAGCCCUUCGCUGAAGUUUGUCGGUUUCUUCCCUUUGCUGCGAAAGCACGCCUGGUUAGGAAGAUUGCGGCAAUCUCCGCUUGCCUUUUUCGAAAUCAACUAAGCGGAAUUGGAAAUAUCUAUGGGGACUACUCCGUCGUUGAACAUUCAACAUCAAGCGAGCAAAUCCCGCCCCCUAUCGAGCUGGCCAAUACCAAAACAUCAGUUCUGGCAAAGGAAUCCGGCUCAGAUGAUGGUAGCGCACCCACGAGAAAGAACUCGGGGGCUUCUCUAUUUGAUCUGCCCGAUGGGGCUUCCUCAGAAGCAACUUUACCUGAUGUGGGCCGGAUUGUUUCUAUGAAGUUUUUCUGGAAAUCACACAUCCACCAAGAUGUCCACCGAGGGCCAUUCCGCUCAAGUAAGGACUGGAUCACAGCUUGCCUUUCAUUCGACGAAAAUGACUGUUAUUCGGCCCUGGAUAAACAUUCAGGUGGAGACCUUGAUAGCGACGCUGAAGAGGAAGUGGAGAACGCUACAAGGACGUUACCAAUAAUCGACAAGCUCAGGUCCCUUCUUCCUCUGGUUCUUACAACGGAUGACGAUGAUCCAGAACCGUCAAUGAUAUUCCACCAUGACCUCUCACGACACAAUAUCCUUGUCGACGACAGCGGGGAGCUGACUGGCCUCCUAGACUGGGAGUGUGUUUCUGCGGUGCCUGUAUGGAAGGCCUGCAACUAUCCAACAUUUUUAGAGGGGCGACCACGACGAUCAGAGCCUAAUCCUGGAAGAUAUACGCCCGAAGCUAAUGGGGAAACCAGUGAAACGUACUUUGAGAAUCUAUGGGAGCAUGAGGCCACCCUAUUGCGCGAUGUAUUUAUUGAUGAGAUGAGAAAUCUAGACGCAGGAUGGAUGGAAGUUUUCGAUAAGAGCGAGGUCAAAAGAGACUUUGACUGUGCAGUGCAAGAAUGCGACAGCGUCAUCUCUGCCAAGAGUAUCGAUGCAUGGAUCGGAGAUAUCAGUGCUGGUAUAAGCAAUCCGCGCAACUUGCACCAUAGGAUGUAUUGUUUAGACGGUCUUCCUUCCUAG